AUGCGAAUACUUGUUAUGUUAUUAUUGGACACUCUACCCAUGUUGGGAAAUGUGUUGUUGUUAUGUUUCUUUGUUUUUUUUAUAUUUGGAAUUAUCGGUGUACAACUUUGGGAAGGCAUAUUACGACAACGAUGUUUCCUGAAACCAUUACCUAAUGUCACUUAUCCAAAAAUGUUGCCAGCCUAUUAUACGUUAAAUGACCAAGAAAAAGAUUUUAUAUGUUCGCAAAAUGAUGCUAAUGGUAUGCACUCAUGUUUUGAUUUGCCUCCCACUCGACACGACUUGCUUAUUUGUAAUGCCACAGCUAAUAUGGCACUGACUAAUGGAUCGUGUGUCAAUUGGAAUCAUUACUAUACAGAAUGCAAAUCACAGGGUGAGAAUCCAUUCCAGGGAACAAUAUCAUUUGAUAACAUUGGCCUGGCUUGGGUUGCAAUAUUUGUCGUUAUAAGUUUGGAAGGUUGGGUGGAUAUAAUGUAUUAUGUUCAAGACGCUCAUUCGUUUUGGGAUUGGAUAUACUUUGUACUGCUAAUCGUGAUCGGAUCAUUUUUCAUGAUAAACCUUUGUCUAGUAGUUAUAGCUACCCAGUUCUCUGAAACGAAAAAACGUGAAAUGGAAAGGAUGAAAAUGGAACGUGCUCGUUUUCAUUCUACAAGCACGUUGACCUCUUCGACGAAUAAUUCUGAGCCGUCAUCUUGUUACUCUCAAAUGGUCAAGUACGUGGCUCAUCUAUGGAGGAGGGGUAAGCGGAAACUGAUAAAAAAGUAUCGCGUGUGGAUGCUGCGACGACAGACCGAAAAAGAGGAAAAAAUGCAGCGAAAAAGUACCGCCGUUGCACUUUUAACGCUCAAUAAGAAUAAUAACGAUAAAUGUGAAACAAAUGAAAACAAACACGGUGGCAAACACAAUGAAGACGAAUCGUCGCAACCAAUGCUCCGUUUUGUGGACAACGCUCAAAUCGACUCGAGCCUUUUGAGUCCUGUGUCGACGUCCAGCAACGGCGGAAUCGUGUCAAGGAGGCGAAGCGUUGUAGUGGCUUUCAGCGACGAGUUAAUUACCAGAAGUACCCCUGGCGCGGUUGCCACCGGAGCACAUAACAUUUGUUCGAGUGAGAAAAUGACACAGACUGGCGACGGAAAUGUGUGGAGUAACAACACUGCAGCAGUUGCUUCGAGCAAUAAUGCUGCGACGGUUCCAGCCGAUCAGAACAUGACGUGCCAGGAACUUUUGGCAUUAAGCGGCGCCCUAUCGGCGGCACUGCCUACUGGUCAAUCUGCGCUAACAUCACUACUAAAAACACUGAACAAAACCGGUGGCGUCCCAGUGGCGUCCAUUAUGCAAACUGUUAACCAUAACAGUCGCGCAAGAACUCAAUCACUUAUGGACAGGCAAUCAGAAGGAGAAUUAAUGGUAGAAGAUGACCAUUUGCAAAGUAAAAACAAAGCUUGUCUGACGGAAGCAGUGGGUUGUCUACAGAUUUAUUGUCUUGUGGGUUGCUCGCUGUUAAGAGAAUGUAUAAAGCUUCUUGUCAACCACAGACGAUUUCAGCAGUGUAUUUUACUCGCCAUACUCAUUAAUACACUCAGUAUGGGCAUAGAAUACCAUAACCAGCCACAAGAAUUGACAGUUAUAGUCGAAUAUAGUAAUAUUGUGUUUUCGGCGAUAUUUGCCGCUGAAAUGCUACUGAAAAUAAUUGCUGAAGGCCCCUGUGGUUAUAUCAGUAAUGGUUUUAAUGUUUUUGACGGCAUCAUUGUCAUAUUAAGUAUUGUAGAGUUGACUCAAUCCUUUGAAAAUAACAGUGGCCAAAGAGAAGGAAAUUCUGGUCUCAGCGUUUUAAGAACAUUUAGGUUGCUGAGAAUCUUAAAACUAGUACGUUUUAUGCCAAAUUUACGUCGACAGCUGUUUGUCAUGCUCCGAACAAUGGACAAUGUAGCUGUAUUUUUUUCACUUCUCAUAUUAUUUAUAUUCAUAUUCAGUAUUCUGGGAAUGUAUCUUUUUGGUGGUAAGUUUUGCAUGUACGGGGAUGGAUCCCGUGAAUGCAACUGCAAAGAAAUUGUCACUAAACAUCCCUUGUGCGUCUGUGACCGAAAACAUUUUAAUAAUGUGCUGUGGGCAACAGUCACCGUCUUUCAAAUAUUAACACAAGAAGACUGGAAUAUAGUUUUAUUCAAUGGAAUGGAAAAAACUAGUCAUUGGGCUGCUUUAUAUUUUGUUACGCUCAUGACAUUUGGAAAUUAUGUUUUGUUUAACUUAUUAGUGGCCAUUCUAGUCGAAGGAUUUUCUUCAGAGCGUAACGAACGUCGAGAACGAGAAAGAAGAGAAUUGGAAAGGCAACAACAAUCAUCAUGGUGCAAAUGCACUUGUUCGUGUUUAGAAGAAAAAAAAGAUAACGAGUUAUGUGCUGAUUCUAAGACUGAAAAUCAAAAUAGAGAAAUAGUAAUAAAUAAAUGCAACAUACAUAAGAAUCAAGAUACACCCGCUGUAAUUGUGCCACCAAUUAUUACUCACACAGCAGCGACACCACAAGAUUCACCAAAUGCUACUUACGAGUCAAGAGAUUUUAGGCGGUUUCAAUCACUUACACCUUACUCUUUCUUACCGUUUGAUACUAAUGGUAGUGGAUUUUCUAUGGACUCAAUUGAUUGUUCAGCACGUUCAUCAUUGAAUAGUUUACAAAAUGUUUCAAAAUUUCCUAAAAUCAACAACAGGUCUACAUUCAUAUCUAGCCCUCAAAAAAUAACGGGAAAUCUAAGUUUUGAAACUAUACCUGAAGAUGUUUCUCGAGACGAAAGUGGUUCAAAACUUCAAAAGCGAUACUCUUGGAAAAUAUCAAGACCAUCACUCAGACUAAAAUCUAAAAGUAAUAACACUAAUAAUGAAAAUGAUGAGUUUGGUGUUUUAGUUUUAAACAACAACAGUAAUUUAGGAAAUGCAAACAAAAACUCUCAAGAUCAUUAUCAAUGUAAUGGCGAUGUUGCCAAAAGUCAAUCACUAAGCUUCCGCACGACCAAUAAUAUUCUGUCAGAGUAUAAUACAAUUGAAAAACCAACAAUGUCUCUACAGCAGAACGUUGUAAAUAACGUAUUGAGCAGUUGCCCUUAUGACUGCUGCCAACCUUGCAAUUCGGAAGCUUGUGUAAGAUCCGAUGAUAAAUCGUCUGAUCCGUGUUGCGAUUGUGAUACAGCUGACACCAAAGCCAAUUCUCGAAAGGUGUUUUACUUCUUUCAAGAAAAAGGAUGGCUCAAAGAUAAAGUGGAGUACUCAUUGUACAUUUUUCCACCUGAUCACCCUUUUAGAUUAUCCUGCGCAAAAUUUAUAAAACAAAAGUGGUUCGACAACGCUGUAUUAAUGUUUAUAGCAUUGAACUGUAUAACAUUAGCAAUGGAAAGACCAAAUAUUCCACCAGACAGUAACGAGAGGAUUUUUUUAGCCACAGCUAAUUAUAUAUUUACUGUAGUUUUUGCGCUAGAAAUGUUUGUAAAAGUCGUAGCUGCUGGAAUGUUCUACGGAAAAGAACCCUACUUUAAAUCGGGUUGGAACAUAAUGGAUGGCUUUUUGGUUGUUGUGUCAAUAAUAGAUUUACUUAUGUCAUUGAUCUCUGAAAGUAGUCCAAAAAUAUUUGGAAUUUUAAGGGUGUUUAGAUUAUUGAGAUCUCUACGUCCAUUAAGAGUCAUUAACAGGGCACCAGGCUUAAAAUUAGUUGUUCAAACAUUAUUAUCCUCACUAAGACCGAUUGGCAACAUUGUAUUAAUAUGUUGCACUUUUUUUAUCAUAUUUGGAAUUUUAGGUGUUCAACUUUUCAAAGGGACAUUUUAUCAUUGUGAAGGUCCAAACGUUAAACACGUACGUGACAAAACUGAAUGUUUAGCCGACAAAAAAAACGUUUGGAUCAAUCAAAAAUAUAAUUUCGAUGACCUCGGCAAGGCUCUAAUGGCACUGUUUGUUUUGUCAUCCAGAGAUGGAUGGGUAAACAUAAUGUACACUGGCUUGGAUGCAGUCGGUGUUGAUCAACAACCCAUCGAAAAUUACUCCGAAUGGCGUUUAUUGUAUUUCAUAUCCUUUAUACUUUUGGUUGGUUUUUUCGUUCUUAAUAUGUUUGUUGGAGUAGUUGUGGAAAAUUUUCAUCGAUGUCGUGAAGAGCAAGAGAAAGAAGAAAGAGUUCGUCGAUUGGCAAAACGAGCGAAACAAAUGGAAAAGAAAAGAAGAAAAAUGCACGAACCUCCAUACUACCGAGAUUAUAGUAGUGCUCGGUUAUUAGUUCACAGUGUUGUAACUUCAAAAUAUUUCGAUUUAGCCAUUGCUGCUGUUAUUGGUUUAAACGUGGUCACUAUGGCUUUAGAAUUCUACAUGAUGCCUAAAGCUCUGACAUAUGCAUUAAAAAUAUUCAAUUAUUUUUUUACUGCCGUGUUCAUAUUAGAAUGUGUAAUGAAAAUGUUAGCUCUCGGAAUGCAACUUUACGUAAAAGACAGAUGGAAUCUGUUAGACAUUGGUAUUGUCAUAUUAUCUAUAGUAGGAAUCACGUUGGAAGAAUUAGAAUCGAAAAUAAUACCAAUAAACCCUACUAUCAUUCGAGUGAUGAGAGUCAUGCGAAUAGCUAGAGUUUUGAAACUACUGAAAAUGGCGAAAGGGAUCAGAGCUCUAUUAGACACUGUAAUGCAAGCUUUGCCUCAAGUUGGAAAUUUAGGACUCUUGUUCUUCUUGUUGUUUUUCAUAUUUGCCGCUUUAGGCGUGGAGUUAUUUGGAAGAUUAGAAUGCAGUGAAGAGCACACUUGUCAGGGUUUAGGGGAGCACGCACACUUUGGAAAUUUUGGAAUGGCAUUCUUGACACUUUUCCGCGUUGCCACCGGGGACAAUUGGAGCGGUAUAAUGAAGGAUGCUCUUCGAGAAGAUUGUGAUGACUCUACUGACUGCGUAAAAAAUUGUUGCGUAGCCGCAGGAAUUGCACCUAUGUUCUUUGUUAUAUUUGUGUUGAUGGCUCAAUUUGUAUUGGUUAACGUAGUGGUUGCAGUAUUGAUGAAGCAUCUCGAGGAAUCACAUAAGCAGAUGGAAGAUGAAAUGGACAUGGAAGAUGAACUUGAAAGGGAAAUGGCAGCCGAGGAAGAAGAACAACUGGUGCAAAUGGCACUUGACCAAGAAUAUGGGAACCAAAAUCCUCUCUGUAAAGAGUUUUCACUACCCGCUGAUUUUACAUUCAAAAGCUUGCCUCCUUCGCCAUUAUAUCAAGGUUAUGGUAGAAGGUUUUCUUUCAAUUCUUGGAAUGGUAAACUAACAGAACAAACUACAAUGCGUUCCCAGAAAAGACGUCAAACUGUACAAGAAUCAAACAUUCUUAUGCCACCUACCCUAUUACCUUCAUUUAUGAUUCCUCAGUUCGAUGCGAGAAAUCGUCAGUUUUCUACUGUUCAAAAUGAAAAUAUUAGAAACGCUCAACAAAAAUCAUCACAUCAAAUUAACAUUUCUCAAAAACUGUCCGUCAAAGAGUCGCUAUCGACUCAGGAAGAACAAUUCUCAGAAUGGCCGACAAAGCAAGUCAAGUCAAUGUCGGAUUUAGAAUCUGGUGGUCCAGCGUCAAUCGGAUAUUGUACCAGGGAAACGAAAAGCAACUUGCUAACAGUACCGCAAAAUCCAGUGUUACUGGCGCCUCCCCCUCUAUCGCGUUCGUACGUGACCCUAACCAUACCCGAGGAGAGAUCCGAUGCACUGUUGCGGUCUAGGUUCCCUGGCAGGCGAUCUGAAGACGAUGCUAGCCCGGUCAAUACAUUGGACGUGCGGAUCGAAGCUAGUGUAAAAAGGAAAACUUAAAUAAUUACUUUGUGAUACGAACCGACCGAUAUUCUUGUCUCACCCAUAAGCAUAGGCGUGGUCCGACCCUAAUUUAAUGUGCCUCCACAAGUACAGCGAGUCUGUGGUAUAAAGCUGAGUUUUGCUAAGUACUCACCCCAUAUUCACUAACUUAUUCCUAAAACGAGUAGCUCAUUCGUGCGUAUCGAUUAGGUAAUUAUAAGGCUAAAUGCAAUGUAAUUAUACAACGAAACAAUAGUUUUUUUUAUGAGUCAAUUUCUAUGAUCCCUUGAUAGAUACGAAUUACUAAGGUUUACUAUGUAACAUAAAAAAACAACUACUUAUUGUUGUACAUGAAGUCGUUAUUAAAAAUUUGAUAUAAAUUCGAUAAGAAUACAUUUGCACAAGUAAAACUUACUGAAGCUCAAUCUAAGAUCAGUAAAAUACUUUUUAUACCAUUAAAAAUAGUGGUAUAAAAUGAAGACGCAAAACUUAUAAAAACGACAUAGGGAGUUAUUGAUGAGUUUUCGUUUGUCUCUAAGGAAAUCGCAAUGUUAAAAUAUAAACCCUCUUAUUGGUAACCAUUUGAUAAAUGUUAGGGAUGUUAUUAAUUUGGAAUUUUGUAUUAAACGACUUUUCCUUUUAGAAAUGCCAAUCGUUUUUCAUUAUGGAACCCAUUAUUUCUUGACGUAUAACCGAUGCAACAAAAGGUUAUUUUUGGUUUGUUUAUUUUGUAAUUUAUUCACUAAAAUAAUAAUAUAAUUUUUUUUCAAUUGAAUCAAAAUAAAUCUGUAAAAUAAUUUUUCAAGAUCUCAACAGUUCAAAAAUAUACUAAUUUCAAAAAUAAUAAGGAGGUGCUAUUACACAAUGUGUUCUUGUCAUUUUAGUAAAUAUGCAAUGUACGCUUUGUAUAAGAUUCUUUUAUAAAAAAAGAAGGUAUUUGUUGAACGUUCCCUAUUGUCACUUCAACAUAUAUUAUUACAGAAAACGUUUACCAUGGUAACGAUUGAAACGAUAAACAUAUUUUUAUAGCCCAUUUCAUAUCAGACGUCGAGAUAUUAUAUACUACGGUAAGCACGAUACGAACAUUAUUGACUUUAACGAGCUAGGCUUCCAAAAAUUGGUAUUUAACUAUUAUUAUUUAUUUUUUUGUUAGCACAGACCUUAUUUGAUUUAAAUAAAACUUUAAGUAAAUAAACUUGAAAUGUAUGCAAAACACAUGAAAGUUCAAUAAAAUAGUUGGUAGAAUAAAUAAUAAAUUUUAUUCCAAGUAAAUUAUUAUUUUUUUAUUUCCAUUUAAUUUCUCUCAUCGGAAAAUAUUGACAGUGGGAAAACAUUAUUGGCGUUUAUGAUGUAUACGAUUGCUCUAAUUGAUCGAUUGACAUAAAAAUUUUUUUAGCUACUAUUUUAUUUCAUUCAAAGUAUUAAUACUAGUAACCAGAAUAAAACAUGAUUGGAAAAUAAAUACUAAUCGACUUUAAUAAAAUAUGAGUUACCGUAAGAUCAAACUUCAAGUGUAAUGUUUAAAUUAAUUUAAUAAUGACCUCUUGUCAUUUUAUAAUUUAAAAUCAUGUUAUAUUGAUUAAGCAAUAUACUAUGCAAAAAAAAUUUAUUUUUUAUGAAAUGAAUAAUAUUUUAUAGAAAUUAAUCAACUUUUUUUUUUAUUAAGUGAUUAAAUUUAAUAGGGUGAAGUUGGGUAAAUGUAAAAGCAUUUUUUUAGGUAAAUGCACAAGUUUUUACUUUGAACUUGCAUUUAAUAUAUUAGCUGCACGUGUAAAGAUUAGAACUUUUUGAUCUAAAAUAAAAUCUGCCAAAUAAUCUAAGAGAAAAAAUGAGUUUAUAUUUACUCCAUUUUGCCUUAUUAAAAACUAUUGAGUAUAUUAUAAUAAAAAUAUUAUGUAGAGUUUAAGUUAAGUCAGUUUAUAGAAUAAAAUUUAAUUGAAUGACAAUUUUAUUAAAAGUUUUUUUCAAUACAAUUUUAAUAAAAGUUUCAUUUUUGUAAAUUAUGACAGUUUAUAACUGUAUGAAUUAAAUACAUUUUUUGGUCAAUAUAUAAAAUUCUAAAUGGAUUUUAUUUAACCCUAUGCCAAAUUUGUUGUAAUGAAUUUUGUAUAAGUGCCUAGUUUUUAAACUUGAUAUUAGAUUCUUACUUUAUAAAGUUAUGAUAUUUUAUAGCUAGAAUAUCAUUUCUCUUAAAACUUAUAUUUUCUACUUCUGUUUAUACUUACUAUAUAAUGAAAAUAGCGUUAAUUACAAAGUUACUCUAGAACAUCGUUCUGAUUUCACGAUAAUCAUAUGAAUUAAGAUCAUUAUAAAUUAAAAAUUAAAAAUUAUUUAUACGUACAUUAUAUGAUAUUCGACGAUGUUUCAUGGGUUUACAUAUAAUAAAAUCAUUUAUUCUAAAAAAAAAAAUCUUGUAAAUUAAGCUAUUUUUAAGUUUCAAAGAUUAAAUAAUUAUAUAAUAUGUUUCAAAAUAUCUUCAGUUACUAUUUAAUUUCCAGUAGAACAUUUAAGGCGUUGAUACGGGAAAAAAGUUCAAAAAAAUUAAUUUUUCGUUUUUUGUAGAAAACAUAGUAAGUUAAAAUCCUAAUGACUCUGUGAAAAAUAAAAAAAAGUUAUGCAUAUUAAAAGAAUAACAAGGAAAACAAAAAGACGCUUCCCGUAAGUUCACAUGGUAUGGAAAAUAGAUUUUACUCUUUUCUAAAAAAAUUUAGUUUUGUGACUUAGUAUAUUUUUCAUGUUAUCAGUGCCAUAAAAAAAUGGUCUAACCGAAUAACAUAAAAAUAAGUUGAUAAAUCAUCAUAACUAUGAAGUAGAAAUAACACUACUUAUUAAUCUAAAUUUAUGUGUAUUGUUUAUUAUAUAACAACUAAGUUAUAAUAAUUCUUAAGAAAAAUUAUUUCAAAUUACAGAAUCAAAAAUUAUUGUUUAAAGAAAUUGAUAAUUGUUUUAUAUUUUUCAUGUUAUUUCAAUUUUUUGAAAAAUUUUAUUUGGACACGUUUUUAUCUUUAAUUUUAACACCAUUAAUGUAAUUUUUUUUUUUAUAGUUUUUGAAAAUUUAUUGAAUAAAUAUUUUACGUUGUUUCAAUGGCUUGAAAAUAAUUUUUUAAGUAAAUAUUGUGAAAUUAAUUCGAACUUUUCAUUUUAUAAAUUUUAUAUAAUUUAUUGUGUCGAACUUCUAAUCAAGAAACUUGAACGUAUUUUAAAUUUAAUAGUUUUGCGACCAGUUUACCGAUAACUAAGUAAAGUUAUAUUAUUCGAAAUAAUUUUGUUUUACUAACUACUUUAAAUCUUAUUGUAUUGAUGCCUAUUCAAUUAUGAUACAUAAUCAAGUAAUAUUGUUAUAUUGUUGUAUCUAUCUGUGAUAAAGUUUUAUAGUUUAGAUAUCUGCCGCCUUAAUAGUUUGUAAUAACUUUAGAAUUAAUUAUCAAUUUUAUAUUGAGCUUCAUCUUCUUUUUUUAGAAAAUCGUUCGAGUAUUUAUACAUUUUUUUAAAUGUAUAAUUGCAUUCAUUUAUAUCUAGAUUAUAGAAUUUUAGUGAUUCUCUAUAAGACUGCCUAUUUUCUAAGUCUGACGGCAAACGUUCAAAAACAAAAUCGUUUCUUUAAUGCGCUUAAGUAGUCAAAUUUGUCGUUACUAAUGUAAUGUUAUUGUUACAAUCACUUAUUGAAGUUAAUAUUUGAUUUUCUAUUUGUAAAUAAAUAGAAUACAUCAUAUCUCUUUGUUGCUACCUAUUUAGUGAAUUAAAGUAAUGAAUUAUGUAUACAUUCAUUAAUUUAUAUUAAUAUACAUAAUUAAUACUAUUGUUGUAUUAACUACUUAA